UAUCCGGAAAUAAUUACUCAAGAGGCUCAUUCUACUGAGAGGUUGAAACUUGAAACUUAUAGAGAACAAAAGCAUUGCACCAUAGUAGACCACCUAAAACCACCCUUUGCGCAGCCGCUUUCAUAUGCAUAACACGAAUCCUUAUCGUACGCUAGCUGUUCUUUAACGUACGCCCACAACUGGCAAAGGUUGCCAACUGAAAAUCCGGAGGACCCCUGUCUGGAACAGAAGCUAUUUUGCCUUGCCGUAAUCAGCCGAUUCUAUUCAGAGCUUUUCUUCUUUGACCAAAAGCUUGCACUAUGGCAUUCGUGUAGCAGCUAUACAAACAAACAAAGAUUGAUAAUAUAAGCGAUACACUCGUCCUUCUUCCACUGUUGUGUUCUUGUCAGUUUCUGAUUCAGCAAGGUACAGAUGGAGUGAGACGGAGAACAACAAAUAGUGACGAUACAAAGAAGACUUUAAUUCCAUUGUUCUUGAGUUCUUGAAUUUUCUCCUUUUCUUUUUAAGGGCCGUCCUGGGUUCUUUUGUUAAGAAUCAAACAUGGCGAAUCGCUGGUGGACUGGAAAUUUUGCCAUGAGAGAUGUCGACGCAAUAUCCCCAGCUCCAUCUCUUCACCUGAGAAACCUAGAGGAAGACGGUGCUGGGACCGCCUCCACCGCUACCUCCACCCGGACUCGGAACCAAGACAAGGAAGAACAGGAAGACAGCAAAGACUACAACCACCAAGAAUCUGAAGACCUUAAUGCAGCUAUUGGUCCCAUUGAACCAGGUAACGGAAGCUCCUCUCGCAGGCCAAGAGGCCGGCCACCGGGUUCCAAAAACAGACCAAAACCGCCUGUAGUCAUCACCAAAGAAAGUUCUAGUUGUCUUUGCAGCCAUGUCCUGGAAAUCGGCUCUGGUAGUGACAUCACAGAAAGCAUCGCCACUUUUGCACAACGCCGCCACCGUGGAGUUUCGAUACUAAGCGGAAGUGGCAUAGUGACUAAUGUCACUCUUGGGCAACCUGCAGUACCUAGUGGAGUAAUCAAUCUGCAUGGAAGAUUCGAGAUUUUAUCGUUAUCAGGUUCAUUUCUUCCUGCUCCUUCACCUCCAGGAGCAACGAGGCUGACUGUGUAUUUGGCUGGAGAGCAAGGGCAGGUGGUUGGAGGAACGGUGGCGGGGGCGCUGGUGGCAGCAGGACCGGUGAUGGUGAUUGCGGCAACAUUUAGUAAUGCUACUUUUGAGAGAUUACCGCUGGAGGAACAAGAGCAUGAAGGAUCACAAUUGCAGCAGCAAGUGAAUUCAGGGACUAAUAAUAAUAGCAAUACUACUGCAGAUGGGAGUGGCGAAUCUUCUCAGCCAGCUGCAGGCGAGCAUGAUUCAAUGGCUGUCUACAAUUUGCCUCCUAAUUUGAUGCUAAAUGGGCAAAUACCACAUGACGUUUUUUGGAGUCCACCUCCAUCCUAGUGCGAGAGAGAGAUAACUGCUGGAAAUUUCAUGCAAGCAUAGCAAGGAAGAGAUGGGAUUUUUGGUUUAGUUUUUUUGCUGGGAGAGUAAUUAGCAACUUUUAUUUAAUACUUAGGUUUAACAUAUGCUAAAACUUGUGGACGCACCUGUUAUUUUCUCUCCAAUCUACCUGUUAUUUUCCAAUAAUAAUGUUAUUAUUUAACUUUCAUUUUCA